AGUGCGCUUCUCCUCAGCAACUAAAGUAAAGGUUGCGUAAACCUAUACGUACCUGUUCACUCUUUUGUUUCACUCAGGAUUCUGUUUAUCCUUAAUAUCCUUAUGUUAUAUAAGACCGUGUCAAUGUGUCUCAGCUCUCUCUUCUAUUUUUGCAAGUAUACGCAGCUCAAGCAAGUAACAACACGUGUCCGUGUCUCUUAUCAUUUCUUUAUUAUUAGAGUAACUUAUAAGGUAACAGAUCGUAUUUGUAAUAGUCAUAUAUAAAUUCCCCCUAGUAUAAGUUGUUAAGCUAUAAUACCUCAACAGGUUAUGGGCCCAGAUUUCGCGUAAUGGCUAAUGCAAUAGUUACAAACAGUUUUAAGGACGUGAGCCAUUUACCAAAAUUCAAUGGCCAGAAUUUCACGGAAUGGAAAUAUGAAUUUCAAAACAUGAUGGAACAACUCGGCCUUAAGGCCUUGCUUGAAGCACCUCCCGGUGGUGUACUAGAUGCCAUCCCUUUGGAGACAAGAGUUGAUAACGCGGUCACUAAUCAAGUCGACAUCAACGCAUGGAGAAUGAGAGAUAUCACAUGCAGAAACUAUAUCUUGGCCACCACAGAUCAAAGUCAGAAGAUCCUUCUCUAUCCAUGUGUUACCGCAAGAGAAAUGUGGGUUAAACUGAUCUCUCAGCAUGCCGCUAGAGCAGAUGACACCAUUCAUCAGAGAUGGCAGGAACUCUACGAUUUCCAGUACGAUUCUGAAAAAAACGUUACAUCUUACAUCAACGGGAUUGUGUCCAUCGCCAACCAACUAAGAGAAAUGAAUGAGCCAGUUCCUGAGAGGCAAAUUCUUAACAAAAUCCUAGCCGCUCUUCCACCAAACUUUAGAAUGGUGCGUUCCGCAUGGACAGUUGUACCAGUCCACGAGAGAACUAUCGAUAAUCUCACUCGGAGAUUAGUGGCAGAAGAGAGUGUGAUUGCAUCAGAUGAGUCUGAAUCAAAGAAUGAGAUGUCCAGUGCCUUCCGCGCUUAUAACCAUUCGUCCAUCCGACGAUCAAGAGGCAGUUACCAAGCUGGAAGAGGUGGAUAUCCCGGUCUUCAAGGAAACUUUCAAAAUGCCAGGAGAGGAGCAGCUAAUCGCUACAAUACUGCAUAUCACCACUACCAAUGGGAGCAAUCAAAAUUUCAAAAUCAAGAAUUUGAAUGUGAUCUCUGUGAAGUAGACACCCACAAAACGGCAGACUGUCGGAAACUGGCAAGAGCACGAGCGAUCCUAAAGGCAGACCAGGGAGACAAUUUCCCUAACAUGAAAAAUCAAGACUCAGCCUUUCCAGUCUCCACAUCUAAAGAUCAAGACCACGUUUUGAAAAAGCACUCAAAACUCUGUGUAGCGGUUUAAUGCUUUUA